AUGACUUCUGGCGACGUCGUGCCGAGGCCGCCCGAGCACGUGCGCUGCAAGAACUUUGGAUGCAACAAGUUCUUCGAUCCAAGAUGCGCAGACCAAACGGCGUGUGUCCACCACCGGCUUCCACCGGUCUUCCACGAGACAGCGAAGUACUGGGCCUGCUGUCCUGACAAGAAGGCAUACGACUGGGAAGAGUUCAUGAAGAUCCCGGGAUGCCAGAAAGGAAACUGCACGAAUGUCUCCAAGGAGAAGAAGUUCUUGGGUGGCGCGGAUCUACGUGCAGAAAACGCCCCCAAGCGCUUGGAUGAUGAGGUGCCAGUAGAUCCAAGGAAGAAACUGGAUCGAUUGCGGGAUGGCCUCGUUAGCCUCGGCGUGGGUGCCGACGACUUCGAUCGUGCUUGGGGCCGGCUUGGAGCAAAGCUGGGGGAUUUGAAUUUAGUUGCGCAGAAGAUGAACCAGCUGUUCACGGAAACGCUGCAAACGAUGGACACCGAUGACAUGAACUUGCCAGACUGA